AUGACAACACAGACGCCUUUGUUAAAUAAACCAAACAUAAACACUAUUAAAAGAAAGAUUAUUUUAAUCCUUUCGGGGUUAAUUCUUGUCAAUAUUGGUGUUUGGAUAGCAGCCGCAAUUGCUUUUCGCAAUUUCUCUUUAUUGGGAACAUCCGUGUUAGCAUAUACUUUAGGACUUAGACACGCUGUAGACGCUGACCAUUUAGCAGCAAUUGAUAAUGUUACUAGAAAACUUUUACAGUCUGGUCAAUAUUCUGUGUCAGUUGGGCUCUUUUUUUCUUUAGGUCAUUCUACUAUUGUCAUAAUUGCGACUUUUGCCAUUGCUAUAACUGCAACUGCUGUAAAAAAAAAACUUGGUGAUCUUAAAGCAAUAGGAGGUCUUAUUGGAACAAGUGUUUCGGCAGCUUUCCUAUUUAUAAUUGGAAUAGUGAAUUGUUUCUUACUGGUUUCUAUAUUACGUUCACUUAGAAAAUUUAAACGUACUGGUACAUUUGAAGAAGAAAAUAUAGAAGAUCUUUUUAAUAAUUCCGGAUUUCUCGGAAGAUUUUUUAAACCUGUAUUUAAAUUCAUUGACGCCAGUUGGAAGAUGUAUCCACUUGGUGUACUUUUCGGUUUCGGUUUCGAUACUUCAACAGAAGUAGGUUUAUUGGGGAUUGCUGCAAUUCAGGCAAAUCAAGGACUUUCUAUUUGGUUAAUUAUGUUCUUUCCUUUACUUUUUACAUCCGGAAUGGCUUUAAUUGAUACGAUUGAUGGUAUACUAAUGUUGGGAACUUAUACAUGGGCUUAUAUAAAUCCAAUUCGAAAAUUAUAUUACAAUUUUGUUAUCACAUUGCUCUCAGUUUUAAUAGCUUUUGUCGUUGGUACUAUAGAACUUUUAAAUAUAUUAGGUGAUAAGUUGAAUCUUCAAGGUCCUUUUUGGAAUUUUUUUGCGGCACUUGGAGAAGAAUUUGGUACUAUUGGCUAUUUAAUAAUUGGUCUAUUUGUCUUCACUUGGGUGAUUGCCACAAUUGUUUAUAAAUAUGGAGGUUAUGAAAAGUUGGUACAUAAGUUUGAUCAAAGAAACGUUCAAAAUUUGGAUAAUGUUAAUGAUGAAUUAAAUCAAGGCGGUUCAAAGCAUAGUAUUGACAUAGACGUUGAACAUUCGGAAAAUGAACGUCAUUCUAAGGGAUCCAUUGAAAUUCACGAUAACUAA